CUUAGCACAUUCACUCUCCGCCCCUCCUUGGCUUAGGUAGCCGAUGAUUUUAAGGGGACUCCUGAUAGACAUCCGAGCAACACUACCAAUCAUCUAUUCCACCGCAGCAACAACAAUACUUCUCUAGGCAUGGCAGACACACUGGGAGAAGGGGUUUCCAACACAUCAGGACCAAAAAUCAUACGGCCCAUACCCCGCCGCCCUUUCAAGCUUGGAUUCUCUAGCCCGACUCCCCCAGAAGAAGAUGACGACCGCUACUCCUCGUCACGGCCCCAAAUCAGUGCCAACGACCUACGCUUCCUCGCCCCCCACCAGCACGCCGCCGCCACCCCGAACAGCGGCAGCAGAGAUAGCGGCACCCCGAUCAGUUACAACGCCUCCUAUCUCAACUUGACUUCCCCGACCCUCUUUGGCAUCUACUCCCCCUCGACGCUGGACGCCUCCACUAAAGAUGAAGACGACCAGGACCAGGACCAGGAUCACUACUUCCGAGACUCGGACCGCAACCCCGGCACCGACACACCCGGCGACGUCCCGGCCCCGCGCCCCGGGCUAGACGACGAAACAUAUGCGCUAAUGCGCAAGCGGUCCUCAUCCCACCACCAGCCGCGACCGAGCGCCCUCCUCAACCCACUAGUGGCGGCGGCCGCGGCGGCAGAAGCACCACGCCCGGCGCGAAAGAGGGAGGUGGCCCUCCAGCUCGUCCUGCGCGCCGGCCUCCUCUUCGUCCUCGGCGUGGGCUACGGCGUGCUCGUCACGCGCCUCCCGCAAAACAGCCACCACCAGCACCACCCCAGCCACCGCCUCGCCGCCGCAUACGAGUCCCACUACGAAUGGCGCUAUCUGGUCUUCUGGGGCGCCGCCGGCGUCGCGCUGGGCAGUCUGCUGCCGUGGUUCGACCGUUUCUGGGAGGAGACCAUCGCCCGUUCUUCUCGCCGUAACGGCACUAACACUAACAACACCAACCACCACCCCGACAAACAAACCGACCCCGACACCACCACCGACCCCAACCCCAACCCCGACCUUGAAACCGAACCCCAAAACCCCACCACACCUCCCCCCGCCGACUGGGCCCUCGUCAUCCGCGGCAUCGGCGCCUUCGUCGGCAUCGUCUUCGCCAUCCGCAAGCUGCCCUGGGCCUCCACCAUGCAGGUGUCCCUCACCCUGGCCCUGGCCAACCCCUUCCUCUGGUACCUGAUCGACCGCUCCAAGCCGGGCUUUUUAUUAUCCGCUGCUGUCGGGCUCGCGGGGUCCGCUGUGCUGAUGCGUCUUGGGCCGGGGGUCAUGCCUGCGCCUGCGUCGGUUGCACUUUUGGAAGGGCUGGCUGCUGCUGCUGGUGGUGGUGGUGUGGUGGGGGGUGGUGGUGGUGGUAAUGCCACUGCUGGUGGUGUUUUGGGGGGGUGGGUGGAUGGGGAGGCGGUAGGCCGCGGUGGUGGUGGUGGUGGUGGUGGUGCGCUGGGGGGGUUGGCGAGCCAGGAGACGAUCGAGACGGGGGUGUGGAUGCUGAGCGUGCUGUUUUGUAGCUGUGUGUGUUUUGGGAAUAUUGGCCGGCGGCUGGCGCUGAAUUCGUCGGCUGCGGGGAGGGGGCGGUGGGGUGGGGUGAGGUGAUAUGUUAUGAGGGGCAGGAGGAGGGUGGAAAGGGACAGGGAGAAUGAAUGGGCCGGGCCGGUGGAGGACGGCGGACUGCUGCUAUGUUGGAACGGUUUUAUUUCUGGUUGGGG